UCCAUCCUCUACAUUAGACGGGAGUCCCCUCCCUCAGUCGCGUUCAUUUCAUACCAACUCUCAUUCCACGCGUUCCUCAUUUACUCCUUUCAAACUCCAGGGAAAAUAAAAACCCUCUCUUUUCCUAUCAAACUCUGGCCCGAACGCUGCCUCCCUCCGCCACCGCGCAGUCUCGCCGUCCUGCUCGUCGCUCCACGCUCUUCAGGCCGAAAUGAGCUGAUUGCCCGUUAUAUUAAGCUGAGAACAGGGAAAACACGCACAAGGAAACAGGUAUCUAGUCACAUCCAGGUCCUGGCAAGGCGGAAAGCCAGAGAGAUCCAAGCCAAGCUCAAGGAUCAGACAGCUAAAGAGAAAGCUAUGCAGAGUAUGGCUACAAUGUCAUCUGCCCAGAUUAUCUCUGCAACUCCCUUCCAUAGUAAAAUGGCCUUGCCGGGUCUCCCACGACCAGCCUAUCCUGCUGUUUCAGGGUUUUGGCAAGGAGCUUUGCCAAGCCAAGCUGGAUCUUUGCAAGAUGUGAAACCUUUUUCGCAACAAACCUAUGUUCUACAGCCUUCGUUGCCAUUACCAGGGUUUGACUCUGCCACUGGCCUCCCACCUUCAUCAUCAGCACCAGCUUGGCAAGGACGAAGGGUUGCUAGCUCCAAACUUUGGAUGUUAGAAUUCUCUGCAUUCUUGGAACAGCAGCAAGAUCAAGACACGUAUAACAAACACCUGUUUGUGCACAUCGGGCAGUCAAAUCCCAGCUACAGUGAUCCCUACCUUGAGGCAGUGGAUAUCCGACAGAUCUAUGACAAGUUCCCUGAGAAAAAAGGGGGCCUGAAGGAGCUGUUUGAAAGAGGGCCAUCAAAUGCCUUCUUCCUUGUCAAAUUCUGGGCUGAUUUGAACACUAAUAUUGAAGAUGAAUCCAGAUCUUUCUAUGGUGUUUCCAGCCAAUAUGAGAGCCCGGAAAAUAUGGUCAUUACCUGUUCCACUAAAGUGUGUUCCUUUGGAAAGCAGGUGGUGGAGAAAGUGGAGACAGAGUAUGCACACUAUGAAAAUGGACACUAUUCCUAUCGCAUUCAUCGUUCUCCUCUCUGUGAAUACAUGAUAAACUUCAUUCAUAAGCUCAAGCACCUUCCUGAGAAGUAUAUGAUGAACAGUGUGCUGGAGAACUUUACUAUCUUACAGGUUGUGACAAACAGGGACACACAGGAGAUCUUGCUGUGCAUAGCAUACGUUUUUGAGGUGUCAGCUAGUGACCAUGGUGCCCAGCAUCACAUCUACCGACUGGUGAAGGACUAGAGACUAUCUGCCCUGAGUCAUCCAUGAGAUGCAUGUCUAAGGAAAAAGUCUGUGCUUGAAAAUCCCUUGUCUCUUUCCACCAAAUUGAAAAAUAAACUGCAGAUACUGUGUAUUUUCAGAAAAGCACAUC